CUCCUCCUCCUCCUCCUCCUGUCCUUUCCACUGCCAGGCGGGUGGAAGGCGAGCGCCCCUUUGAUCGCAGGUAUAUAGCGCUCGCUGCAUGGAAAGCGAGCCCGUUCUGGAGAGGCAAUGCAGCUGAGUCAGCCGAAGAGAAGCGCAGGGCUUUCGGUGGCAACUCCAGUGGAGAGAAGUAGCCGAUUUCAGAGGACACCCCCCUGCGACACCCUCCGUCCCUCCCUCGGGGAGCUGCCCUCUUCGGUCUGCAGGGAUCGGUCAAGAUACUCAUCCCAUCGCCUUGCGUACUACAAGAAACUUUGUGAUUUAGAGUCAACACAAAGCAAAUAAAAAAUAUGAAAACAAAUCCUGUCAUCCAAGCUGCCAUUGACCUCACAGCUGGGGCUGUAGGAGGUACUGCCUGCGUGAUAACCGGUCAGCCAUUUGACACCGCAAAGGUGAAAAUGCAGACAUUCCCCACCAUGUACCAAGGGCUUGUGGACUGUUUUGUGAAGACCUACAAGCAAGCAGGGUUCCGUGGCUUCUACAAGGGGACCACCCCUGCACUUGUGGCAAACAUUGCUGAAAAUGCCGUGCUCUUUAUGUGUUAUGGCUUUUGCCAAAAUAUCGUGAGGAAAAUUGCUGGCCUAGAUAGGAAAGCAAAGUUGAGCGACCUUCAAAAUGCAGUGGCUGGCUCCUUUGCUUCUGCCUUUGCCACUUUGGCCCUCUGCCCUACAGAGCUUGUGAAGUGCCGUCUGCAGGCCAUGCACGAAAUGAAAUUAUCUGGGCAGAUAGUGCAACAGCACAAUACAGUUUGGUCAGUAAUAAAAAGUGUACUGCAAAAGGACGGCCCCCUUGGCUUCUACCGUGGUUGGUUCAGCACUUUGCUACGUGAAAUUCCAGGCUACUUUUUAUUCUUUGGAGUCUAUGAAUUGAGCCGGACCUUUUUGGCAUUUGGAAAACCAAAAGAAGAAUUAGGUCCGGUUGCACUGAUGCUCAGUGGUGGCUUCGGUGGCAUGUGUCUCUGGAUUGCUGUUUACCCAGUGGACUGCAUCAAAUCUAGGAUCCAAGUUCUUUCCAUGGCAGGAAAACAAACGGGCUUUAUGAGAACUUUUGCAAGUGUUGUCAAGAAUGAAGGCGUGUUUGCCUUGUACUCUGGACUGAAACCUACUAUGAUCCGUGCAUUCCCAGCCAAUGGUGCCCUGUUCCUUGCCUAUGAACACAGCCGUAAACUGAUGAUGAACCAAUUUGAUAGCUAGAACUUUUAUCACAGACUGAUAUCAUUAGACUAUGUGUAGUCACCACAGUAAUUGUCCAACUGUGAGUGACAGAUUUUAAAAUGUGAAAUGGGAGUAAAAUGACUACAUUUUUUAAAAAACACGAUUUCAGUAAAAAUGCUGUUAUUUUCUAAACGUGUGCUUUGUGGAUUUACAUAUCUAGAUCAGGACUGAUACUACAUGAUCUUAUAAGGGAUUUCAAUUACUAACUUCUAUAUAAAUUUUAGUCAUGGGGUUUUAAAAAAGAAUAUGCUGCAAUAGCAGUUAACUAUUAGCUUGCAACAUAGUGACAGCACUAUAAAAGUAACUUAAUAUGCUGGGAAGCUGAGCAGGAGGUAUAUUGCAGAGUAGUUUUUAUAAUGUCCCACAUUUGUUAAUUUGUAUACAAUUCUACUUACUGGUUACUUGAUUCUCACACACCAGAGAACAUUGGAAAGCACAUUACACAUAAAUAGACUUAAAAAAAA